AUGACCCAACGGCAACAUUCUAGUCCUCUUGUCUUUCAUUUACAGCUCAAGAGGGGGUGGCUCAUAUAAGGUCGUGGCCCUAGAGAUCAUUUUCUGCUUUUCUCCAAAACACCUUCAAUGGAGAAGCAAAGAGAUUUGCUGUUCUUCUGUCUCGUCCUCGCCUGCUCUUCGUCUUUCCUUCCUUGGGUCUCCUCUUCUUCUGCAGAAGGUGGCCCGGAGAAGGCGCCUCCGAAGCUGCUGUUCGUCUUCGGGGACUCCUAUGCCGACACCGGGAACACUGAGGAGUUGAGCGUCGCGUGGGUCCCGCCUUACGGCUCCACUUUCCCCGGGGAGCCGUCCGGCCGCUUCUCCGAUGGCCUUGUGUUGACCGACUACGUCGCAUCAUAUUUCGGAAUCGAGUCUCCUCACCCCUACAGAUUGAGAAACCACGUGAACAAAACUGUGCUGCAACAUGGGAUGAACUUCGCAUAUGGAGGGACGGGCGUGUUCGACACCAUGGCCAAAGAGCCAAACAUGACCACCCAAAUCGAUUUUUUCCAGAGCUCCGUCGAACAGAACGUGUACACCAAACAUGACCUCAGUUCCUCCGUUGCUCUGGUGUCGCUUGCCGGGAACGAUUACGCCGCUUUCGCUAUGAAGAAGGGCAAGCCCGAGGAGCUACCAUCUUUCAUUGCAUCGGUCAUCGACCAGCUGAUCCACAACCUGAAGCGCAUCAGAGGCUUAGGAGUCGGCAAGAUCAUGGUCACCGCAUUGGGGCCGCUGGGGUGUUUGCCUCAGCUCACUGCUGUCUCCUCGUUCAAGAACUGCAGCUCAAAGUGGGACUCCAUAGCUCGCCUGCACAACCUCAAGUUGCGCCAGUCUCUGCAAGAGCUGAAGACGAAUGAGAGCAUCACGGGGUCGUCUUGUUUGUCGUCAUCGUCGUCCGCCCUUACGGUCUUGGACCUCGACAGUGCCUUCAUCUCUGCUUUUGAUAUGCUGCGACACCGAUCGGGCGAGUUAAGCGAGAAUCCAUUGAAGCCGUGCUGCGUCGGUAUGACGGCGGGCUACUCAUGUGGCAGCGUAGGCGACAAAGGGGUGAAGAACUACGUGGUGUGCGACCAUCCGGAGACCUCGUUUUUCUGGGACAACAUCCACCCUUCUCAGUACGGUUGGCGCGCCGUUUAUUCUUUUCUGGGUUCUUCUCUCCACCAUCUUUUGUAAUGGUACGAGACGGUAGAUAUGCAUUUAUGUAUGAGUAAUCAUCUACCGAUUAAGCCGCACCAAAAUUUUUAGCCGA